UCAAGAUUGAGAUACAAACGUAAGGAAGUCAAACAAUUAAUUAUUGACUAUUAUGGCAAUCAUCAAUCACCACGCAGUUAUUAACUAAAUAGAUACCGCAUUUGCUUUUUUGUUUUUUACAAUUUUAUUGCAAUGUGUUCCGUACGCUUAGAAGCGUUUAGUUGCAAUUUCCAAUGGAUUUUGUGGCAGAUUGGAUGUGUAAUCGCUGCCACUGAGCACGAAGCUAAAGUCCAUAAAAUGAACCGAAGUGCGUGAAUAGCACCCAUCCAAUCCCUCCAGGAGGAUUGGAUCAGCCGUGAUGUUUAGGUCUCUGACAUGUAAAAAGUCUGGUUUUGAGUGAUGUCUCUGAAAGACGGCCGCAAAACCGACAUGGACGAUCUCAAUAACAUGGAACCGAUUGAUAAACGGAAAAGCGAGGAGGCCGAUCAUUCACAGAACAAAGAGACCGCCAAGGAUAAACGCGUGGCGUCCGCUGGUGCCUCUCAAAUGGAAGUAUCGCCCUACAAGAAGGAAGUGAAGGACGCGUUUCUGUGUAAUUACAAAGGCGAAGUGUCAUUACCAAUCAGAAACCUGCGUGCUCCUUCCGCUCAGCAUCAGUCACGGAUAAUGUACGAAGAUUACCGAGACGUCGUUAUUGAGAGCCUGAAAAAUUCCGACCCAAAAUCUGCUCAGAUUUCUCUCACUGGUGUGGUCCAAAGUCAUGGCAAAACACGAGAUGUUCUGAUCAAAGAAGCAGAAAGCAGAAUUUUGGUCGUGGAAAUACUAGACGGUCAGCAUCGUUUGGAGAGCAUAUUAGCUCUUGUGAAAGACUGCAAAAGCAGAUGGACAAUGGAUUCUCUUGUUAAGGUCGCCAUCUACGUGGACCUGGACGACAAUCGGUGCUUGUUCUUAUCGCGUGCACGUAAUACGGAAACAAGCGUCCAACGCGAGGAAACCGUAUUUGACACCCUUCGGUUGUUCCGAAAGAUUUGCUACAACGCACAAAACAUCCAGCAAGAAGCAGGUGACCUGCAGAAGCCCAGCAAGCAAGUGCAGUCCGAUAACAAGAUGAUCAGCAAAGUUACUGGAAUUCCAUUAAAGACGCUGCAACAAUGUUCGUACAAAUUCAUCUACCAAUGCGCACAUCUCCCAGUGAAGACAUUUGCGGUUCUUAACCGAUUCAUGGUAAAAGCCGAUGCCGGAGAGAUAAAGCACAUUCCUAAAGAAAAAAAGUCGAGCAAAGGCAUGGAAAGCGAGAAAAAAGAAAUCGGACCUAUUAUUUUCCGAAGAAUAAAACUGGGCUUGAAGACCAGUGAAAUGAUUGAGCGGGCGUUUGAAGAAAUUAUUGCAGAAGGAGACUGGAACAAAAUUGAGAAAUACGUAAAAGAGGCAGCUGAGAUUCCUGCAGAAGAAGAUGCGGACGAUGCUAAAGACCCAGAUGAAACGCAGUCGGCUUCCAGCAAAAAACAGAAUCCUCAUAAAAGACUGAAAGGAUCUCCGCAAACUCCGGUCCCUUCGGAUACGGCACCAGCCAAUUCAAACGACGAUUUGGCUAGUGCACGUGCAGAAGCCGCGGCACUAAAGGAAAAGCUGGAUCACGCGCUUUCACAACUUGCAGCCGAACAAAUUGAUUGCCAGAAUUCUCGACUUGAAAAUUCAGAAUACCAGCGGGAAACUUGUUUGUUAAAGCUAGAACGAGCUCGACUGCACAACGUUGUGAAAACCCCCUGCAAGAACCUGAUGAUUUCGAAAAUGCUGAACCUGUAUUAUGGCGGAAAAGCGAACGCCUCUACUGAAAAGUUUGACACCAGCGAUUACGGUGUUCUUCAGCCAGGGGUUCUUGUAUACGCAAAAGUUGGACCUGCUCAAAUCGAUCCGGCUGACAUCUAUUAUGCGCCAGCCGAUGCAGUGGAAUCUGCGGAUCCAGCAACGUCUACUUUAAAGCUUAACGGAAAUUAUUUUACAGAUUUAUUGUGAACGGGUCUUCAGUUUAUUGAUGUUUCGUCGAAAUAGUACCGAUACUUUUGUUUCUUUAGCGACGAGACCUGCUCUUGAGACCAAAUGACUGUUUUAUGUUAGCUUUUGAAUUUUCGUGCCGACUUUUUUAUGGUAAAAUGCUUCAGCUUAAAGAAUUUUUUGCUUCUUGCAUUCAGAUGCUGUUCUUAUUGCUGAAAUAAAGCAACAAGAGUUGCUGUCGCUAUAAUCUUUAGUUUACAAUCAAGAGUUUCUAGUACAUUUAGAACCAUAACAAAUUGCAUAUUAGUAGAUUAACU